AUGGCGUCUCCGGCGAAUUUUCGUUGCUCAAAACCUACAUUCAACCUACGGAUCGAUCUCCAGCGAAGAUUUACUCUAACACUCAUGUUUCCUCUUUUUUCCAGAGACCAAACGAAGUCAACAUUGGUUAGAUUCCCCAUCAUCAAAGCUUCAACAUCGUCAUCACCAUCGCCGUCGAAUCCCAAACCUUCACUGCUCAAAACUACUUGCAUCACUCUCACUGCAGACGCGGCUCUGUUCGCAGCGUCGUCCUUUUACUUCGCCUCUAAACCCACGGCGCCUGUCACCACCGCGGAAGAAGCGACGCUCGAGAAGCACCUCGGACGAUGUGGAAGCUUUGCUGGCGCUGACGAAAAUCAAAUUCGAAUCCAAAAAGUAUGA